AUGAUACCGGUAGUUGAUAUAAAAAGAUUUAAUGAAACUUGGAAAGAGAAGACUAAACAUUCUCUGCUAUUAAUUAAUUCAAUAUUGGCAAUUUCUGCCGCAAGGCUACCGAGUGGCGAUGAUAUAUCUAUACAAAAGUCAAAGAAUAAGCCUGGUGGUGUAUUUUUUGAUGCUGCAAAGGAACUUCUUGAUUCAUUAUAUGACGAUCCUAGAUUGGAAACAAUUCAAGCAUUGUUGCUUUUAUUACAAGCUGAAAGUAGUUUUUCACGACUUGAUAGUGCUUUUAUGUUUUUAGGAAUGGCUGUUCAAAUGACGAAUUCAUUAGGACUUGUACGAGUAGAUAAUUCGUUAACAAUGGAAGAAAAGGAGGAAAGGUCCAGGGUAUUUUAUUGUGUAUAUACUUACAACAGAUGGAUGUCAUUCGUCCUUGGAAAACCAUAUUCAUUAGAUGACAGCGACAUAGAUGUACCCUUUCCAACUAUGCCAAACUUUGAUCGUAAAUCAAAGGAUUUUUUCAUAUCAUUCAUAAAACUGUCACGAAUUUUAGGUGAAAUAUGGAAAUUUGGUUAUUCAGUUCGACCAAAAGCCAAUUAUCAAAGUUGGCAAUCACAUAUUACUGACUCGAAAAGCACAUUGAGACAAUUGAGAUCUUCGCUGGCUAAAUGCUUGAAAGAGUUACCUGAUGAUUUGCAAUAUCAAUAUUUACCAAAUACUGAUCCAAGAAGUUUCUUACAAUUAAAUAACUUUUCAAGUUACGUCGGUUAUAUUAAUAUUAUGUUUCAUGCUUGUAUCAUUCUACUACAUCAACCUUACAUAAAUACUAGUUUAUCAUCAUUGUCACCAAUAAAACAUCAAAAUUAUAACAACAUUGGGCCAAUUGAAGCAUGCCUAACAGCUGCAACUACAAUAACAGAUAUUUUCAAGUAUACAAGGAAACAUGAUAAAAUGGCAUUUACUUAUUUCCGUCACCCUUUUUUUUGUCUAUUGAAAUCCAUGGGGAUCGAAUUACUUAUAAUGAAUGCAUCAUCUGAUUAUGCACAAGAAGCAAAACAAGCUCUGGCUGAUACUUUAUCCGAGUUUAAAGCUGGAUCGGAAAAACUUAUUUAUUAUGAUUCGGAUAUUCUGGCAAAAGAAUUAGAAGAAGUUUCGAAAAUUGUCAAUGGCCAAUUUUCUAUAUCGCUUCCAAUGCUAAUGCAAAUUUUGGAAUUACACAAAGGAGAGGGUGGAGGAUGUAAUAAUAAUUCUGGUAACGGUAAUGGUGGUAGCAACAUUAACAAUAAAAAAAGAAGUCAAGAUCAAAUCGAAGAUGAUAAAAUAAUAGACACCGGUGAAAGAGACGACAAUAACAAUGAUAAAUAUAAAAAACUAAUGCAUAUAACAUCUUUAUUUGAUCCGGAAGAAAUAAUGAAUGAUGAUGCUGUUGUUGUUGAUCCUAUGGAUAUUAGUGCUAUAUCAAUAUUGAUAUUGUCAUGGUGCGAUACAGCAGCUUCAGUUGUUGGCAGGAAAUAUGGAAAAUAUACUUAUAAGUUUAGUACUGGCAAAACACUAGCAGGAACAUUAGGUGCAAUUGUAGUUGGUACAACAAUUGGAUUAAUAUUCUGGAAUAAUAUUUCAUCUGAUUUAACAAGCUUCAAUUACAAUGUUUCCAUUAAUGACAGUGAUAGUAAUAGUAGUAAUGGUGGUAUUAAUAGAUUGUUAACAUUAUCAUUACUUACUGGUGUGAUUGGCGGAAUUAGUGAAUUGGUUGAUGUUUAUGGAUUAGACGAUAAUUUAGUCAUUCCAGUAUUUUCUGGUAGUUUAUUGUGGCUGUUAUUGGUAGCAUUUGGAUUUGGUAGAAAAAAUAUAGAUUAG